ACCGAGUAGUGUAUACGAGUCCUUUUAACGUUGUGUAACGUUCGUAAAAUUUAAUGUGAUUUAUAUGAAAGAAAACUUUUCAAAGGAUAUACAUAAGGAAAAGAUGGCCGGAGAACCUCAAUGGACGACGAUGGAGGAGUUACUGGAAGUAGCAGCAGAAACAGUUGAGGGAGACAAAGUUCUGGACAGGAUAAAGUUGCUGACCCAUGAAUCCUUGCCAAUAGGUUGGCAAAAUUGGAAAACUCUGGAUCUUUCCAAGGAAAGUUUGUUCGGUAGCGAGCAGGAGGUUAAUCCUCAAAUUUUAAACAAGUUGCGAUAUGCCUUACCAACGGUUGGGCUAGCUCAAGCUUUCAAUCCGGGAACAGUAGACUUACCGGAGAAACAGUAUAGAGAUCUCAAUGUCUCUAUGUUGAACUGGUCUUUUUGUAGAGCUCUUAUCAUGAGUCCUCCGGCUCUUGUGAACAAGCUUAAAGGCUCGUUAGGGCAAGCGGAAAUUUUCUUGCACGCAGUAGAGCCAGUGAAACCUCUUUGCAUUUCACGCUUGCAGGCCGCAGAAAAGUUGAAACAGCAGACACAGUCAGAAGAUCUGCGGGGCACAAAAAGGUUGAGUGAGGAGACCGAUAGCCAUUCGGACUUAAAGAGAUCGAAGAUAGCAGCACUACAAGACCAAAUGAACUAUAUGUUCGAGAUCGUCUUAGGGAAGAUCCAGAAGGUAGAGCAGAGAAUAAAAAAGAGGGGGAGGGAAGAAUCAAGUGAGGAAGAGGAAGAGGUUUAG